AUGGUAUCCCCCAGCAGUCUCCUGUCUGAAGAGCAGUUCCAGUGCGCUAUCUGUCUGGAUGUGUUUACUGACCCAGUCUCCAUCCCGUGUGGACACAACUUCUGCAAGGCCUGUAUCAAAGGAUACUGGGAUAGCACACAUCUGUGCCAGUGUCCCCUGUGUAACAAAAUAUUCCACAGAAGACCUGAACCAGAUGUCAACAGAACACUCAAAGAAGUUGCGGAACAUUUUAAGGGAUUGAGAGUGAGAAACAGAGAGGAUUCAGCUGCAGAGCCUGGAGAAGUGGUCUGUGAUGUCUGCACUGGCAGGAAGCGCAAGGCUCUGAAAUCCUGCCUCGUUUGUCUGACCUCGUACUGUGACACUCAUCUGGAGCAUCAUCAGAUAGCCCCAGCCCUGAAGAGACACCAACUGAUCGACCCUGUAAAGAACCUUGAAGACAGGGUAUGUAAGAAGCACAACAAACUCCUCGAGCUGUUCUGUAGGACUGACCAGACAUGUGUGUGUCAGUUCUGCUCUGAGACUGACCACAAGGCUCACAACAGCAUACCUCUGGAAGAAGAAUGUGACCAAAGGAAGGCUCAGCUUGGGAAGACAGAGGCAAAAGUGAAGCAGAUGAUUCAGGAGCGUCUGCAGAAGGUCAAGGAGAUCAAACACUCCGUAGAUCUCAGCAAGAGACACACUGAGAUGGAUAUAUCUGGCAAACAGAAGCAAGAAGCUGCAGAGAGGUGCGGUGAAGGUCUUAUUAAAGAACUGGAGCAAGAAAUCACUGAGCUGAAGAGGAUAAGCUCUGAGCUGGGGCAGCUUCCACACACCGAGGACCAUCUCCAAUUCCUCCAGAGCUCCCCAUCCUGGUGUCUCCCAGUAAAGACCAAGGACUGGUCUGAGAUCAGUGUUCAAAGCCACCUGCGCAUGGGGUACAUGAAAAGAGCUGUAUCUCAGCUGGAGGACAAACUAAUGAGUAAGGUAAAGAGAUUUCAUAAUGAGAUGGAGAAUGAGCUGAGGAUGUUGUGUGAAGCUAAGACAAAGAAGAUUCAGCAGUAUACAAUGGAUGUGACUCUGGACCCUGACACAGCACAUCCUGAACUAAUCCUGUCCGUGGAUGGGAAACAAGUGAGGUGUGGGAACCAAUCACAGACUUUCUUGAGGAACCCAAAGAGGUUUACUUAUACAUACAGUGUCCUGGGGAAGGAAGGGUUCUCCUCAGGGAAAUCUUACUUUGAGGUACAGGUGAAGGGGAUGACUGAAUGGGAUUUAGGAGUGGCCACAGAGUCGAUCAAUAGGCAGGGGUGGUUACCACUGAGCCCUGAGGAUGGACUCUGGACUUUUGGCCUGGAUACAGAUAAUGACUAUGUGCCUAAUGACCCCAAAGUACCCCACCACCUGAAAAAGAAGCCCCAGAAGGUGGGGGUGUUUGUGGAUUAUGAGGAGGGUCGGGUCUCCAUUUAUGAUGUGGAUGCCACAGCCAGAUCUCACAUCUGCUCUUUCACUGGCUACAAAUUCACUGAGAAACUCUAUCCAUACUUCAACUGUGGGUAUCCUGAUGGUAAAAGAAACGCAGCCCGACUGGUCAUCUCUCCUGUCAGUCACAUGACUGCACCAGUGCGAGGGGUGUGA